GUUGAACUUCGAACUUCCGCCAAUCUUCAACCACAACAACCACCGUCGACCACCCCCGGGAUUCCCGCAUCUUCGAUUUCUCUUUUCCCAAGUCUUCGUCACAUAGAGCCAACAUGUCGGCGCCUGGCCAGACGAAGAAGUUCGGAAAGGGCGAGAGGACCGUCCCCAGCCAGAAGGCUCAGAAGUGGUAUCCUGUUGAUGACGAGCCUCAACCAAAGAAAGUUCGCAAGUCCAUCAACCCCGCUAAGCCACGCGCCAGUCUCCAGCCAGGCACCAUCCUCAUCCUCCUCGCUGGCCGUUUCCGUGGCAAGCGUGUCGUCCUCCUCAAGCACCUCCCCCAGGGUGUCCUCCUCGUUACCGGUCCUUACAAGCUCAACGGUGUUCCCCUCAGACGAGUCAAUGCCAGAUAUGUCAUUGCCACCAGCGCAUCCGUCAAUCUGACCGGUCUUGACGAGAAGACUCUGGAGAAGGUCUCCCAGCCCGGAUACUUCACCGCCGGCAAGAGCACCGAGAAGAAGGGAGAGGAAGCUUUCUUCAAGCAGGGAGAGAAGGUCGAGAAGAAGAAGAUCACAAGCGAACGUGCUACCGACCAAAAGGCCGUCGACCAAGCCCUUUUGGCCACCAUCAAGAAGGAGGAGUUCCUCGACAGCUACCUUGCCUCCAGCUUCAGCCUACGGAAAGGUGACAGACCCCACGAGAUGAAGUGGUAG